AUGACGCAACUCCGAUCUGCGCGCGCCCUGGUUGGCGCCCUCGUGGCGCUCCUUUUCGCGGCCGCGGCCGCGCAGCAGGCGGGGCCCUACGACCCCACCCAGACGGGGGGGUCGCUGUAUGCGGACUACUCGCCGGCCAUCAAAAGCGACGCCGGCUUCGUGUCGCAGCUCAUCACCACGACAGCGCCCCCCCCCGGGCAGGGGGGCUACAACCCCGCGUCUGGGAGCUAUGCCAAUCUGCUGGACUCGCACACCUUUACUGCGGUGCAGGGCAUGGGGGUUUCGACCGCUUACUUCAACCUUAAGCCCUGUGGGCUGGUCCCCCCCCACUACCACCCCAGAGCUGCUGAGGUGGCGAUCGUCACCUCGGGCGUAGUUCUCUUUAUCUUCUUCGACUCGGAAGGCAACACGCACUACAUGAACGUUCCUCAGGGCAGCCAGGUCCUGCUCCCCCCGUCGCUGCCCCACAUCUACCAGGAAUACGCCAACGCGCCGGCGACAAUCAUCUCGGCCUUCUCGGAGGAGAGCCCGGGAACAGUCGUAAGUAUUCCGAGACAGUUGUUUUUGUUCAUCAUCGUCGCUUUGUCGCGCACAGCUGUGGUUUCGUCCUGGCUCAAAAGACUUCCUGGCGCGCGCGCUGUUCGACUUCCCCGAGGGAUCGUGCGCUCCGCCAUGGGCCUGUUCAACCCGGGGGCGACCGCCAGUCUCAACGGCAGCAUCCCCGCGGGCUUCACCACCGUUUCCCCCGACGCGUGCACGUCCACCGGGGCAGGCCACCUGCGCUAG